CUCACCCAAAAAAUAAUAAUAAUAAAUAAAAUAAAUAAAUAAAUAAAAUAAAGUAUAAAUAAAUCUAUAAAAUUUGAUCGUCUUCUUCUUCGUAUACCGCGGAAGCUCUUCGUUGCGGAGCAUCGGGAGAGGAGCCGAUUCCAACGACAGCUCCUCGCGAUCGGAACGGGGUUUCCCUUCGAUUCGUUUUGGUAAUACACAGGUAUGCAGAGCCAAGUGGUGUGCAAUGGAUGCAGGAGCAUGCUUCUUUAUCCCAGGGGAGCCACUAGCGUAUGCUGUGCACUAUGUCGUACUAUAACUUCAGUGCCCCCUCCAGGAGUUGAAACAGCUCAUCUUAUAUGUGGUGGUUGCCGAACUUUAUUGAUGUAUCCUCAUGGUGCAGCAACUGUGAGAUGUUCCUGCUGUAACAUGAUCAAUAAUGUCAGAUCAGCAAAUAGCGUAGCUCAUGUGAACUGUGCCCAGUGCCGUACGACUCUCAUGUAUCCUUAUGGAGCUCCGUCUGUCAAAUGCGCCGUAUGCCAUUAUGUUACAAACACCGGGAUGACCAAUAUGAUGGCUCCUGCUUCCGUGCCGCAGAGGCCUAAUGAAUAUCCGUCAACUUCAGCUCCUCCAUCGCAAGGCAACAACGUCACAGUUGUCGUCGAGAACCCUAAGUCGGUGGACGAAAGAGGCAACUUGGUAAACAAUGUCGUAGUUGGAGUUACGGUCGGGAAGAAAUGACACUGCAGUCGCGCAGUUACCGCCGUUCCUUGUAUUUGUCCUUGUUUAUACAUGAAAGUUGGAAUCCUCGUAAUUUCCUCGGCGUAAAGACAUGAUGAAACACAAAAUAAUGUGGUGGCAAUUGUUGUGCUUGGCGCGAAGAGCCGAAAGGUUUCAUAUUUGUUGCGCAAUUGUGUUAAUUUUUUGGGUUAAUUUUAUACAGAUUCCUGCAAACAUAGUGAAUGGCAAAUAUAUUCCUACAAAGUUCAACUUUCAA